AUGAAGAUCUGGAAGAGAAGGAAUGAGCUACUUUUCAAGCAGAGUUUCACAAAUCCUAUUACUCUAUCUCUUCAGUCAAAACAGAAGGUGGAAGAAUUGCAAAUUCUACAAAAACAAACCUUGACAUCCUUUCCAUUGGCUGGAAACCCAGUAUCCCAGUGGGAGGCACCUCCUCAAGGUUUCUAUAAGAUAACUUGGGAUGCUAGUACUCAAAAACAAAACUGUAUAAGUGGAGUUGGUGUGGCUAUCAGAGAUUGUGAAGGAAACUUUAUUGCAACAAGGAGGAUAAAAAUAUCCUUAUAUCCAGACUGCCACCUUGAUGAAUCCUAUGCUGCUCAACAGGAUGUCCUCCUAGCUACAAUCAUUAGUCCUAGAAAAAUCAUUCUUGAAGGCGAUGCCCUGCAGGUGGUGAAUGAACUCGAAGACACAAGUGAAAACUGGUCUCAAGCUGGUCUAAUUUCCAUGGAUACAAGGAUUCUUCUAAACAGAUUUGAAUCUUGGUCUUUCCAACAUGUUAAAAGAGCAUCCAAUGAGAAUGCACAUGUUUUAGCUAAACAUGCUCUUGUUAUUGAUGAUGUAAUCAUAGAGCUAGAAGACAUUCCUAGUUGUAUUGGCCAUUUGGUCUCUACUUGA